AAUACAAAUCAGAUAAAGGAGACUUCAAAUAUCUCUCUCAAGAAUCAAAAGUAUUUUUAGUUUUUUAUAAAGUGUUAAUACGUUUUUUGUCGUGGUUUCAAGAUGAAACUUUCUUUUUAUUUACACAAAAAUGGUGCAAGAUACGCGAUGCUCACAUCGAUUGGAGGAUGCAUAUCGAUUUUAGGAUACCUAAUUUACAUAUUAAACCCUCUACAAUUAAUAUUAGACAAACUUCUUACAUUCCAACCGGGAUCCUUAAUUUUCAAAUUAUGGACUCAACCUCCUUACGAAGUUUUAGCUAAAAUUUACAUCUUUAAUGUUACUAAUAGCGAACAGUUUUUGGCAGGGAAAGAAAAAUUGAACUUAACACAAACCGGACCUUAUGUGUAUCAGGAAAUUGUCCAUAAUAGUGAGGCUAUUUUUAACGAAAAUGGGACCUUAACAUAUAAACCAAUUAGAGAAUUAAAAUUUAGACCAGAACUUUCGGUAGAAGAUCCGGAUAAAGCCCGGAUAAUCGGUCCAAAUAUUCCUUUAUUGGGUAUAUCAUCGUACAUGAAAAACGAAUACGGCUUAUUCAUGAAUCUUGGAUUUUCUUCCGUUGUAAACAUGGUAAAAAGCCCUUCAUUAACAAAUUUAAGCGUUACCGAGUAUCUUUUUGGGUACGAAGAUCCUUUAGUUGAGUUAGCCAGUACUUAUGUGCCAUCAUGGAUUGAUUUCACCAAAUUCGGAAUUUUAGAUAGAUUAAUGUCCAUCGAUAACGGAAAUACAAUCACCAUGCAUUUAUCAACUAAUACAACAUCAAAAGACGAUAUACUCUACCAAUAUUCCGUCGAUAUAUUCAAUGGUUCCCCCGGUUUAAAACAAUGGGGAUACCGAGAAGAUACCCCCGAAGAAAAUUCACCAUGCAACACGAUAGAAGGAGCAUUCGAAUCCGGAGUAUUUCCGAGACACCUAAAAGAAAACACAACGGUACGAUUAUACCGAAAAGCUUUUUGUAGAUCAACAAGUAUGAUCUAUGAAAACACUGAUUACACAAGUUCAGGAAUGAAAUACUACAAUUAUAGAAUCGAUCAAAACUUUUUAUCGACGUCCGAAGAAAACCCCGAGAAUAAAUGUUUUUGUAAAAACUCCAAAAAGUGUUUACCAAAAGGAUUCGGCAGUUUGGAUCCUUGCUAUUAUGGGAUUCCCAUCGCUAUGUCGCAACCGCAUUAUUUAAACGCCGAUCCGGAAAUUCGAAAACAAGUCAUCGGCAUGAAUCCCGACCAAGAAAAACACGACACCGUGAUGAAAUUGAGCCCGGAACUCGGCAUCCCGAUUUACGCCCGAUUAAGAAUGCAGAUUAAUUUGAAUGUAUCCCCCGAUCAAAUUGUAACUAGUUCUAAACCGUUCCAAGGGAUGAUCUUACCGUUAUUUUGGGUUGAAUUAGGAAUAUACGACAUGCCCUCUUAUUUAGGAAUUUUAAUAAACAUAGCCGCGCAAAUACCCACAAUAGAAAUGGUUACUUCUUAUAUUUUAGGAAUGAUUGGUGCUCUGAUGAUAGCGACUGUUGGUGUGUGCGUGAUUCGUGACUUUAAUCAAAACAGAUCUGACGUUGAAUCUGAAAAUCAAGGUUUAGAAAGUAGUCCAUUUUUAAGUAUACCAGUUCAACCCAUAAUUAGAUCCGAAUUUAAACUGUUAAGGUAGGAUAUUGCUAAUAAGUAUUUAAAGACUGAGUUCCUUUGAAAUAGAACGUAAAGAUAACGUUCUAGUGUAUAUUUUUUUUGUACAUAAAAGCAGAAUCUUUUUAAUAAAUAUAGAAAUUAAGAUGCCUUUUACAAUUUAAAUAGGGAAUGAAUUAGUUUAUGGAUUAGUUUGUAUUAUUUAUUUUUGAUAAUAUGGUUUAAAUAAAAUUUAUUAUAAA